AUGAUCUUUCCAGUACUUCCAAAGCCCUCACAACAGUCAAUUCGGCGAAAAUGGCUCCCAGGAACGUUGUGUUCGGUUCCAAACUCAGACAACCUCAAUGUGUUAAUGGACCCAGCACAAAACCUGAUCGCUGUCGCUUAUGUCGUCGAUGACAAAACAGUCUAUAUUAACCUUGAGGCCCUGGAUGGUGAUGGUGUUCACCCUCAGGCUGCUGGAGAAAGACUGUCUCUGUCGGACGACUUGGAAAACACCUUUGACACGACAUUUGUAAGGCUGAGAGGUUUGGGGAGGCAUAUCGCUUUGUCGCGUUACUCGAACAAUGAAAAUCGCACUUCAUUGGACAAGGUGUGGGAGCUGCAGAUUUGGGACUGGAAAUACUCGACAACAUCCUGUAGCAUCUUCAGCGGUGCAGUACCCGACGGAUCCAGCGGCCUAGCUGAUUUUGGUUUCCUCGGGAACAAUUGA